GUGCCGGGCUGGCAUGAUGGUAUAUAAGCUCGUGCAGCUCAGCGCUGGACAUCCUGGCCCAUCAGCACCAUGAAAUCAGGCCUCCUCCUCCUCCUGGGGCUCCUCGCCCUCUGGGCUGACCUGCUGCCUGCCUCUGGGCAGCUCCGUCAAGCUAACCCAAUCUGCAAUCUCCCUGCGGAUCCUGGCCCAUGUUUCACCUACAGCCUCAACUACUUCUACAACUCGGUCACCAAGAGGUGUGAGGAGUUUGUUUAUGGCGGCUGCCAGGGCAAUGGGAACAGGUUUGACACUAUGUUCAGGUGCCUCAAGACCUGUGGAAGCUCAGCUAAAGAUAUCUGCAAGCUCCCUGUGGAGCCUGGCUCGUGUCAGGCCUACAUGACCCGCUACUUCUACAACUCGGCCACCAAGAAAUGUGAGAUGUUCCGCUACGGUGGCUGCCAGGGCAACAAGAACAGGUUUGCCACUAAAGACCAAUGUCUCAAGACAUGUGGACAGCCUGGAGAGAGCCCACAAGCCCAGGUUGCCUUUGGCUCAGGGAUCCUGGUGUCCAGAAAGCCAAAGCAGCAGCCACCUUCCGGCGUUAUUUAUUACAAGCUGGGUGUGCAGACGCUCUUUAGCGUGAUGCAGCUUGGGGUGCGUGAUGAUGUCACUAAGAUACAUUCAGGGUUCCCCAAGAUCUGCAAGCUCCCUGCGGAACCCGGCCCAUGUUUUACCUACAUGUCCAGGUACUUCUACAACUCGGUCACCAAGAGGUGUGAGGAGUUUGUUUAUGGAGGCUGUCAGGGCAAUGGUAACAGGUUUCCCAAUAUGGACGAAUGUCUCCAGACCUGUGGAAGCUCAGAUGUAGAUAUCUGCCAGCUCCCUGUGCAGCCUGGCCCGUGUAAGGCCUACACUACCCUGUACUUCUACAACUCAGCCACCAAGAAAUGUGAGGAGUUCAGGUAUGGUGGCUGCCAGGGCAACGAGAACCGGUUUACCACCAAAGACGAAUGUUUCCAGACAUGUGGACGCCCAGUUAAAGAGAUCUGCAAGCUCCCUGGGGAUGCUGGCUCGUGUUUUUCCUACAUGACUCGCUACUUCUACAACUCGGUCACUGCCAGCUGUGAGGAAUUCGUUUAUGGUGGCUGCGAGGGCAAUGGGAACAGGUUUGCCACUAAAAAUGAAUGUCUCAAGACCUGUGGCAGCCCAGAUACAAAUAUCUGCCAGCUCCCUAUGCAGCCUGGCCCAUGUCAGGCCUACGUGUCCCACUACUUCUACAACUCGGUCACCAAGAAAUGUGAGACGUUCCAGUACGGUGGCUGCCAGGGCAACGAGAACAGGUUUGCCACUAAAGACGAAUGUCUCAAGACCUGUGUGCGACCAGUUAAUGAUGUUUGCAAACUCCUUCUGGACUCUGGCUCAUGUUUUUCCUAUGUGACCCGCUACUUCUACAACUUGGUCACCAAGAAGUGUGAGGCGUUCACUUACGGCGGCUGCGAGGGCAAUGGGAACAGGUUUGCCUCCAUUGACGAAUGUCUCAGAACCUGUGGAAGUCCAGAGAAACCCGGGUUCUGCCCCAAGACAACUGGAGGGCUCUGCAUUCUGGGAUGCAAUGAUGAUGACGACUGUGCUGGAACAGAAAAGUACUGCAGUAAUGGGUGUGGCCGGACUUGCCAAAUCCCCACAGCAGGGCCGACCAGAGAGAGAGACUGGGAAGAACCGAGAGCCUGACAGCAGGGCCUGUGGGGGGAUGGGACAGGAUCCUCCAAUCUGGUCCCCACCUGACACCCACCCCCAGUCGCCCAUGGGCCUGAUCUCGCCCCGCACAUGGCUUGUGUAUUAAAGAGCUCAGCUCA